UUGGUAUAAAUAUUCUAUAUAUACGUGUUUGAUGUUUAUACUCUACUUUUUUGGAUGAGAAGUGUGAUAUUGAGUUAAUUAAUUAGUAUUGCGAAUUAAAAUGGCGAUUAAAUUGAAUACAAAUUCUUCGCCGUCAGUCGAAUUGAGCUCUUAUCGCGAUCAACAUUUUAAGGGUUCAAGGGCUGAACAAGACAGACUGCUAAGAAAUUCUUCCACUUUGUACAUAGGCAAUCUGUCUUUUUAUACCACUGAGGAACAGAUAUUUGAAUUGUUUUCAAAAUGUGGAGAUAUCAGGCGUAUUAUUAUGGGUCUUGAUAAGUAUAAGAAGACACCUUGUGGUUUUUGCUUCGUCGAGUAUUAUCUAAGAGCGGAUGCUGAAAACUGUAUGAGAUAUAUAAACGGGACUCGUUUAGAUGACAGAAUAAUAAGGACUGAUUGGGACGCUGGCUUUAUCGAAGGCAGACAAUAUGGUCGUGGCAAGACUGGAGGACAAGUAAGAGAUGAAUAUCGAUCAGACUUUGAUAGCGGAAGAGGUGGUUAUGGUAAAAUAAUACAACAGAAAGUAACAUCUCUCUCGGAUGGUGGAUUUGGACGGUGAAAGUUUGAAAGAUGAGAUAAUUGUAUGAAUAGCGUAAAUGUGCAAAUGUUCAAUCUACAUAUUUCAUUAAUUGCUUAUUUAUACAUAAUUAUAAAACAAUAAUAUAUGUAAAUAUAAUGUUUAAGAAAUACAUUACAUAAGGAUAGUAAAGUAAAA